AUGGCCGGACAGGCGGCGAAGAAGGCGGCCAAGGCAAAGGCCGCGGCGCAGAAGCUGUACCUCCCCGUGCUGGCCGCCGUGAACCUCUGGUACGUCGCCGUGCGCCUCUACUUCCGGGGGGAAGCGGCGAACUCGCACUACGUCGCGCUCGGCGGCUGCGCCGUCGUCUACGCGCUGACCUACCCGACGGCCUGCGAGGCGUCGACGCAGCCCACGGACUCGCUCGCGUCGUACUUCUUCGACGUCAUGGCGCUGACGAUGAUCGCGCAGUUCUUCGGCGCCCUCAGCGACAAGGCCUGGUACCUGCUCCUCGUCGUGCCGGCCUUCGCGGCCUACAAGGGCAUCGCCUGGAAGUUCGGCGGGCCCGCGAAGCCCGCGGCGCCGCCGGAGCCCGAGGAGGACGCGGCCGACGCCAAGGGCAAGAAGGAGAAGAAGCCGAAGCGGAAGAUGAUGAAGGGGAGGUAA